AUGUUAUUCUUGAUCCUCCUACUCCUGCUAACAUUCCAAAUUGCAGCACAGGAUCUGGAAUUCAUAAGCCCUGGACCGUCCGGCACAGAUGGUGACUUUUCCCUCAACCCGUCCUACGUCUUUGGCUCCAGUCUUACCAUUCAAUGGGAACCCAUCGAAGAGAGCGUUUCGCUUGUGCUAUGCCAGCAACUCCAGGGAGCUGACUUCGAAUACGUCUUUCAGGACAGAUCCAACUUAUCGGCCUUUGACCGGACCGUCACCACGCAGCGCGAUCUCAGCAAGUCAAGGACGUUCUUCUUCCAGAUCUUCAUUGAAGGAGAUACCCUCCCUUCUGCGACCAGCCAUUAUUUCAACAUCACCGGAGCUGGAGCUGGCGACGGAGGCGUAGUGCAGACGACGACGACUUUUGCUAGCGCAUCAUCUUCACCGGCUAGUCUAGCAACUUCUUCAGCCGUAUUGCAAAGCUCAACAACAUCAUCACCAUCAAGCAGCACAAGCUCGGUUGCAGCCGCCUCUGGCCUUCCGACCUCAAAUACUUCUAAUGACGAAGGUGCCAUGAGUACUGGAGCAAAAGUUGGACUGGGAAUUGGUGUCCCGGUUGCAGUGGUCCUCGGGGUCGGUGCAGGCUGGUUUCUUUUCGGCGAUCGGAAGAAAGCGAGUAACACACCAUCAAGCCCUGACAACGUGCCAUAUGACCAUAGAUAUUCCGGAUUCAGACCUGAAGAAUACAAAGACCUUGUAAAUCUGCCGGGAGAGCUGAUUGCUUCUUUUCCGCAAUCAGGAACGCGCAUUGUGAAUACUCGCCUGCAUUUUCAGGCGGCGCCACAGAACGCUCCCGCUGAAUUGGCACAUUCCAACGGCUAA